AUGAAACUUCCAGAAACCUUCCCCGAAGAUCUUCUGAUCACCGUCUUCGGAAUUUUCAAGUUCGAAUACCUAUGGGCGCAGAUAUUUUUCACAUUGGUGAUCGUCCUCGAAAGACUUGUGGCAACGAUGAGGAUGAAAGAGUAUGAAAAAUCGAAAAAUGUCACUCUCGGAGUUCUUCUUUGCAUCGUACAGGUUUUACACAAAAUUAAAUUCGAUAUUCCAAAAACCUUUUCAGCAAAUUUUGGGUGGGUAUUUUGGAUACUUGGCACUGACCGAGUCUUUCAAUUUAUUCACAAGUUUAUUCCUGCUGCUCUUUCUGGUAUUGCCAGUUUCGAGUGUGAGUUGAGAAAAACUCUUUAAAAAAAAACAUGUGGAAAAAUCCAGAUUUUCGUCUACAUUUAUAAAUUCAAUAAAUCGCAAAUGGCCCGUGUCUCCUCGCCAUUGACAUUAAGUACGAAAUAUCAGAUCAUUGAGAAUCUACACGUCUUCAAGGUUUUUUUUCUCAUUCUGAAAUGUCACCUCUGAUUCUAAAAGGUUAUUUUAGACACUGGGGUCAAUUGUCGGAUUAUCUGGAUUUUCCUUGUUCUCCACAAAUAUAUUGGUUAUCUUGACAAGAUUAAUCGAUGUGAAUGAUCCACUUGGCUUAGCGCAAAUCAUUAUUUGCUUUUUCAUCGAACUGAUUUUUACAACGUGAGCCUUUUAUUUUGUAAUUUCCUUAAAGUUUUAUGCGAAGAAUUUCAGAAUUCCAGUUCUCAUUAUAUGGCAACUUAAUAAAAAUGAAGCACUCAGGUAGCUUCAAUCUCAUUUUUAAAGUUUAUUUGAAGUUUACAGAAAAGGUGUGAGAGGAAGAAUGAUGGCUCGGCAGCAAGAAGGAGCCGAUCACUAUUUCAAAGACUUGCGAGAAAGUUGGAGAUGAAAGAGCAAAAAAGUUUUGGCCGAGCUGGGGAUCGAACCAUGGACCUUUUGAACCGUGAGCAAGAGUUUUACCACUGGGCCAGGAACAACUGUCAGCCGAGUGCAGUCAAGUUCAGUUGA